AUGUCGUCUCUUCUCGACGCCGUGAUCCGGUCCGACAAUGAUCACAACGAAUCACGCACGCCCACAGCUCGAUCCGCACAGAGAGACGGCUCGCGUCCACGAGGUCCGCCGUCUGUGAGCACCCCGGGUCUGGGCAGCGACGCUUUUGCCUAUCGAGAUGAUGAAGUUGUCGGCGUACGAGGCAGUCGCAGAGGCCCGUCCACCGCCGGUCCGCGUCCCGAUGUAGACCAUGUCAUGGACACGACAGCCGAAAGAUUGGCUCAGGAGUUCGAACACUUUCUCAACACCUUCACAGAAGAGCCCAUCUCGUCCGCUCUGGCUCCCGCUUCCAGUGCUGCCACCACCGACAGAUACUACAUCGAGCAGAUCAAGGGUCUGGCCCGCUACUCCCUCUCCACCCUGUACGUCGACUACAGGCAUCUCGAUGCGGCCAAGCCUGUCCUCGCCCAAGCCAUCCAGCAAGACUUCUACCGUUACCACCCUUACAUGAUUCGUGCUCUCCACAACGCAAUCGCUACCCAUGCUCCUCGCUACUUCCGCCAGCAUCGCCAGCCGGGCUCAUCAGCCCCCGCCACUGAAGAUGCUUCCCUUGACAGCCACGACGAUUCCACCACUCACAAGACUUCCAACCAGCAAACCGACAAGGUCUUUACCCUCGCCUUUUACAAUCUCCCCCUAGUCUCACGCGUCCGUCAAUUGCGGACCAGCCAGAUCGGUUCUCUCUUAUCCAUCUCAGGCACCGUUACGCGCACAUCUGAAGUUCGCCCCGAACUCUCGCUGGCCACUUUCAUCUGCGACAUGUGCAACACACUUGUCCCCAACGUUGAGCAAAUCUUCCGUUACUCGGAACCUACUCAAUGCCCCAACUUGACCUGCGGUAACCGCCAGGCAUGGCGUCUCGACAUCCGCCAGAGCACCUUCGUCGACUGGCAGAAGCUCCGCAUCCAAGAGAACAGUUCCGAGAUCCCUACUGGCAGUAUGCCUAGAACUAUGGAUGUCAUCCUCCGUGGCGAGAUGGUUGACCGUGCAAAGGCCGGCGAAAAGUCCAUCUUCACCGGUACUCUAAUCGUUGUCCCCGAUGUCAGCCAGUUCAGAGUGCCCGGUCAGCGCCCGCAAGCCACUCGCGAUACCAGCUCUGCAGCUAGAGGUGCAGAAGCAGGCGGCACCGGCGUCGGCGGCCUCAAAGCUUUGGGUGUACGCGAACUCACUUAUCGCUUAGCCUUCCUGGCCAACAUGGUCACUCCUGACGCCACUACCGCUGGUCAAGCCUCCACCCAACAGCUCAGAGGUCAAGCUACCAACAUAAUGAGCUCGCUCAACCAGGCAAAGAAUGCCGAUAUGGACAAGAUUGGUGAAGACGCUCAAACCGAAUACCUGUCCUCGCUCAGCCCCAACGAGAUCAACGAGCUGAAGACUAUGGUCCACAGUGACAACAUCUUCAUGCGCUUGGUAGACUCCAUCGCUCCUAUGAUCUACGGCCAUACUGUCGUCAAAAAAGGACUGCUCUUGCAACUGAUGGGUGGUGUGAGCAAAUCCACUCCCGAAGGAAUGGCUCUUCGCGGAGAUAUCAAUAUUUGCAUUGUUGGUGACCCCAGUACCAGCAAGUCGCAAUUCCUCAAGUACAUCUGCUCCUUUAUCCCCCGUGCUGUCUACACCUCUGGUAAAGCCUCUUCUGCCGCCGGUCUGACCGCUGCUGUUGUCAAAGAUGAGGAGACUGGAGAGUUCACUAUCGAGGCUGGUGCUUUGAUGCUUGCUGACAAUGGUAUCUGCGCUAUUGAUGAGUUCGACAAGAUGGACAUCUCUGAUCAAGUCGCUAUUCACGAAGCUAUGGAACAGCAAACCAUUUCCAUUGCCAAGGCUGGCAUCCAGGCCACUUUGAACGCCCGUACCUCUAUCCUCGCUGCUGCCAACCCUGUGGGUGGCCGUUAUAAUCGCAAGACUACACUCCGAGCCAACAUCAACAUGAGUGCUCCCAUCAUGUCUCGUUUCGAUCUCUUCUUUGUCGUUUUGGACGAAUGUAACCCAGCCGUCGACGCGAAACUGGCACAACACAUUGUUGAUGUCCACCGCUUGCGCGACAAUGCUGUCACCCCAGAGUUCAGUACUGAGACACUUCAGCGUUAUAUUCGCUUUGCACGGUUGUUCCAGCCAGUGUUCACUGAAGAAGCCAAGGCCACUCUAGUCGAAAGGUACAAGGAGUUGCGUGCCGACGACUCGCAGGGUGGUGUUGGCAAGAACUCCUACAGAAUCACUGUCAGACAACUUGAAAGUAUGAUUCGUCUGAGUGAAGCCAUUGCAAAGGCAAGCUGUGUCGACGAGGUUAGCCCUGGGUUUGUCAACGAGGCUUUCCAACUUCUGAGGCAAAGCAUCAUCAGUGUCGAGAAAGACGAUAUUGACAUCGACGAUGAAGAUACCGAUGACCUCCAGGCACAAAUAGCAGCUGGUGAGCAUGAUGAUCUGCUAGAUGAAAUCAUGGGUGAUGAUGCGCCCCCUGCGAGACAAAAGACCCGCAUUACAGCUCAAGAAUAUCGUGACAUGGUCAACAGCCUGGUCAGCAGAGUCUACUCGGACCAUGAGCGAGACGAAGAUGGCGUUGAAGAAGAAGAUCUCGUGACCUGGUAUCUUGAGUCCAGAGAGCAAGACUUGGAGACCACCGACGCGCAUGCAGCCAUGGCGGACAAGACAAGGAAGGUCCUGAAGAGGAUGGUCAAGGACAACAUCCUUUUGCGUAUCCGGGGUGAUAUCGUCCUUGACGAGUCUGACACGAGUUUAGCACAGAGCGAGAAGAUCUACUACAUCGUACAUCACAACUGUGAUAUCGAAGAGAUGGGCUUCCACGAUGUAUGA